GGCGGGCGGCGCCGAGAAACAGCGGCUGCGGGUAAGCGGCGGGAGCCAGAGACGCUGAACCGGCUGCUGCCGCCGCCACCGCCGCCGCCGCCGCCGCCGAGCAGCCCUUCAGCGGUCCGUGCACCUGUGAGUCUGGGCGUCCUCCGAGAAUCGGCGGGCGCGGUGGCCGAGCCCAUGCAGCCGCGCAGCGAGCGCCCGGCAGGCAGGACACAAAGCCCUGAGCACGGCAGCCCGGGGCCCGGGCCAGAGGCGUCUCCACCGCCUCCGCCGCAGCCGCCGGCCCCUGAGGCCGAGCGUGCGAGGACCCGGCCCGCCCGGCCCACGGCCCCCAUGGAGGGUGCCAUGCAGCUGCUGAGCCGAGAGGGUCACACUGUGUCCCACAAUUCCAAGCGGCACUACCAUGACGCCUUCGUGGCCAUGAGCCGCAUGCGGCAGAGGGGCCUCCUGUGUGACAUCGUCCUGCACGUGGCCGCCAAGGAGAUCCGGGCACACAAGGUGGUGCUGGCCUCCUGCAGCCCCUACUUCCAUGCCAUGUUCACAAAUGAGAUGAGCGAGAGCCGCCAGACCCAUGUGACACUGCAUGACAUUGACCCUCAGGCCUUGGACCAGCUGGUGCAGUUUGCCUACACGGCCGAGAUCGUGGUGGGAGAAGGCAACGUGCAGACACUGCUUCCAGCCGCCAGCCUUCUGCAGCUGAAUGGCGUCCGAGACGCCUGCUGCAAGUUCCUCCUGAGUCAGCUCGACCCCUCCAACUGUCUGGGCAUCCGGGGCUUCGCCGACACACACUCGUGCAGUGACCUGCUCAAGGCGGCGCACAGGUACGUGCUGCAGCACUUCGUGGACGUGGCCAAGACCGAGGAGUUCAUGCUGUUGCCGCUGAAGCAGGUGCUGGAACUGGUCUCUAGCGACAGCCUGAACGUGCCUUCAGAGGAGGACGUCUACCGCGCCGUCCUGAGCUGGGUCAAGCAUGAUGUGGAUGCUCGGAGGCAGCACGUUCCGCGGCUGAUGAAGUGUGUGCGUCUGCCACUGCUGAGCCGGGACUUCCUGCUGGGCCACGUGGACGCAGAGAGCCUGGUGAGACACCACCCGGACUGUAAGGACCUGCUCAUCGAGGCCCUCAAGUUCCACCUGCUGCCAGAGCAGAGAGGUGUCCUAGGCACCAGCCGCACUCGGCCCCGCCGCUGUGAAGGAGCCGGCCCCGUGCUCUUCGCUGAACCUGUGUGGUGUGACCAACUCAAAAAUUGCCCCCCUUGGAGCCCACAGCCCACUGCCUCCCUGGGCCCCUCCUGCUGCCCCAGCACCUCCCCCUCCCUAGGUGGUGGGAGCCUGUUCGCCAUCCACGGGGACUGUGAAGCUUACGACACGCGCACUGACCGCUGGCAUGUGGUGGCCUCCAUGUCCACGCGCCGAGCCCGAGUGGGUGUGGCGGCAGUUGGGAACCGACUGUACGCAGUGGGCGGUUACGAUGGGACUUCAGACCUGGCCACCGUGGAGUCCUACGACCCUGUGACCAACACCUGGCAGGCUGAGGUGUCCAUGGGCACGAGGCGCAGCUGCCUGGGCGUGGCGGUGCUGCACGGGCUCCUGUACGCGGCCGGCGGCUACGACGGGGCCUCCUGCCUCAACAGUGCCGAGCGCUACGACCCCCUGACCGGAACGUGGACGUCCGUUGCUGCCAUGAGCACCCGCAGGCGCUAUGUCCGUGUGGCCGUGCUCGACGGUAACCUGUACGCAGUAGGCGGUUACGACAGCUCAUCCCACCUGGCCACUGUGGAGAAGUACGAACCCCAGGUGAACACGUGGACGCCAGUGGCCUCCAUGCUGAGCCGGCGUAGCUCAGCUGGUGUGGCCGUGCUGGAGGGGGCUCUCUACGUGGCCGGUGGCAACGAUGGCACCAGCUGCCUCAACUCUGUGGAGAGAUACAGCCCCAAGGCUGGAGCCUGGGAGAGUGUGGCACCCAUGAACAUCCGAAGGUGCGCUGUGUCACGGCCCACAGGCAGGGAGCACCCACGACCUAGUGGCCAUGGAUGGAUGGCUGUAUGCCGUGGGGGGCAACGAUGGCAGCUCCAGCCUCAACUCCAUCGAGAAGUACAACCCGAGGACCAACAAGUGGGUGGCUGCGUCCUGCAUGUUCACUCGGCGCAGCAGCGUGGGCGUGGCGGUGCUCGAGCUGCUCAACUUCCCGCCACCGUCGUCACCCACGCUGUCUGUGUCGUCCACCAGCCUCUGACCCCAGGGGGCUGUGGCCUGCCACAUGCCUUAAGCCCCACAGGGGGCCCCAGCGCCUCCCUCCCCCAACCACGUGUUGGGGCUGGGGUCCUUCACCUGCACCAGGGACAGCCUGCACCGUCUGUCUGCGUUUCUGUGUCCGGUCCUCAGUGUUUGUUUAUGUGUGUGCAGUCUCUACUCGUCUUUUUAUUUAUUCAGUAUUUAUUAAUCGGUGAGCAGUGCUGCAGCUGCCAGUUCCUAUGUUUACUCUGGAAGGUGUCCUGUGUCCUGGGACCAAGCUGCCGACCUGGGUGCCCUCCCACCCUGCUGGGGGCACCAGGGAGUAUGGGGGUGGACAUUCGUUGCUAUGGGUCAAGGCCAACCCAGACUCUGCAGACCUGGAGGGACCAAGAGGUAGAUGGUAGAUGCAGAGCAGCGGUCCGAGGGGAGAGGGGGCGGCCUUCUGAGCAGAGUAGACCCCCAGCCUUUGUUUUGCACACUGCCCUUGCCUCGCCGGGCAAGGCACCUCCCAGGGUGGGCACAAGGGGCUUCCUGCCUGUGGACGGGGGUCUUUCCUGGCGCACACAGGUCGCUCCCAGCAAUACGAGCAAUAAACUCGGACAAUAAACUCGUUUCUCGGGC